GCUUGAGCUCACUCCUAAGAUUGAGGUCGUCUGUCCAGCUGCCCCCAGGUUCUUCCCUUGAUGGCAAAUAUGCAUCCAGGAGUUCAAGUAGGGCUGGGACUACACAAUGAUGCAAAGGAGAAUCUCCUGAUAGAGAAGCGACAUGGACAAAAAUUGAUUGAGGUGGUGGAGGUGCAGCAGCUCCGCAUGCAGGAAGCCAUGGAUGCCAUGGUGAAGAACGUGGAGCGAGAGAACAUCGGGAAGAUGCAGGGCCUCAUGUUCCGGUGCAGCGCUGGCUGCUGUGAAGACAACCAGGCAUCCAUGCAGCAGGUGCACCAGUGCAUCGAGCGCUGCCAUGCGCCUCUGGCUCAGGCCCAGGCCUUGGUGACCAGUGAGCUGGAGAAGUUCCAGGACCGGCUGGUCCGGAGCACCAUGCACUGCAAUGACAAAGCCAGAGACGCCAUGGAUGCAGGGAACAAGGAGCUGCAGGUAGAACGGCAGCUGGACAGCUGUGUGGCCAAGUGUGUGGAUGACCACAUGCACCUUACCCCAACGAUGACCAAGAAGAUGAAGGAGUCUCUCUCAUCCACUGUGAAAUAA